CGCUUGCUUGCUCGCUCUCGGCGGCCGCUCUCGCUGCGGCUGCGGCUGAGGCUGGGGGCGGCGGCGGCGACGCGGGCGGCUGGCGGCGCGGGGCGGUCCGGCGGGUUCAAAGAGGAAAACAUGGCGGAAAACAAAGGCGGCGGCGAGGCUGAGAGCGGCGGCGGGGGCAGCGGCAGCGCGCCGGUAACUGCCGGGGCCGCGGGGCCCGCGGCGCAGGAGGCGGAGCCGCCUCUCGCGGCGGUGCUGGUGGAGGAGGAGGAGGAGGAGGAAGGCAGCAGGGCCGGCGCGGAGGGCGGCGCGGCCGGGCCCGACGACGGGGGGGUGGCCGCGGCCUCCUCAGGCUCGGCGCCGGCUGCCUCAGCUCCUGCGGCUUCAGUGGGGCCCGGAGUUCCCGGUGGGGCCGUCUCGACUCCGGCCCCAGCCCCAGCGUCGGCUCCCGCUCCGGGUCCCUCGUCGGGGCCGCCCCUGGGGCCGCCAGCCUCGCUCCUGGACACCUGCGCUGUGUGUCAGCAGAGCUUGCAGAGCCGGCGCGAGGCGGAGCCCAAACUGCUGCCCUGCCUUCACUCCUUCUGCCUGCGCUGCCUGCCGGAGCCCGAGCGCCAGCUCAGCUUGCCCAUCCCGGGGAGCAGCAACGGCGACGUCCAUCAAGUUGGUGUAAUACGCUGCCCAGUAUGCCGCCAAGAAUGCAGACAGAUAGACCUUGUGGAUAAUUAUUUUGUGAAAGACACAUCUGAAGCCCCUAGCAGUUCUGAUGAAAAAUCAGAACAGGUAUGUACUAGUUGUGAAGACAAUGCUAGUGCAGUUGGCUUUUGUGUAGAAUGUGGAGAGUGGCUAUGUAAGACAUGUAUCGAAGCACAUCAAAGAGUAAAAUUCACUAAAGAUCACUUGAUCAGGAAGAAAGAAGAUGUCUCAGAGUCUGUUGGAGCAUCUGGUCAGCGCCCUGUUUUCUGCCCUGUACACAAACAAGAACAAUUGAAACUUUUCUGUGAAACAUGUGAUAGACUAACAUGUAGAGACUGUCAGCUAUUGGAACACAAAGAACAUAGGUACCAGUUUUUGGAAGAAGCUUUUCAAAAUCAGAAAGGUGCAAUUGAGAAUUUGUUGGCUAAGCUUCUUGAAAAGAAGAAUUAUGUUCAUUUUGCAGCUACUCAGGUGCAGAAUAGGAUAAAAGAAGUAAAUGAGACUAACAAACGAGUAGAACAGGAAAUUAAAGUGGCCAUUUUCACCCUUAUCAAUGAAAUUAAUAAGAAAGGAAAAUCUCUCUUACAGCAGCUAGAGAAUGUUACAAAAGAAAGACAGAUGAAGCUACUACAGCAGCAGAAUGACAUCACAGGGCUCUCCCGGCAGGUGAAACAUGUUAUGAACUUUACAAACUGGGCCAUUGCAAGUGGCAGCAGCACCGCACUACUGUACAGCAAACGGCUGAUUACCUUUCAAUUGCGUCAUAUUUUGAAAGCUCGGUGUGAUCCUGUCCCUGCUGCUAAUGGAGCAAUACGUUUCCAUUGUGAUCCCACAUUCUGGGCAAAGAAUGUAGUCAAUUUAGGUAAUCUAGUAAUAGAGAGUAAACCAGCUCCUGGUUAUACUCCUAAUGUUGUAGUUGGACAAGUUCCUCCAGGGACAAACCACAUUAGUAAAACUCCUGGACAGAUUAAUUUAGCACAGCUUCGACUUCAGCAUAUGCAACAGCAAGUAUAUGCACAGAAACAUCAGCAGUUGCAACAGAUGAGAAUGCAGCAACCACCAGCUCCUGCACCACCACCAACAACAACAACACAGCAGCACCCUAGACAAACAGCCCCUCAGAUGUUACAGCAACAGCCUCCAAGAUUGAUCAGUGUGCAAACAAUGCAAAGAGGCAAUAUGAACUGUGGAGCUUUUCAAGCCCAUCAAAUGAGACUGGCACAGAAUGCUGCCAGAAUCCCAGGGAUACCCCGGCACAGCGGGCCUCAGUAUUCCAUGAUGCAGCCACAUCUCCAAAGACAACACUCAAACCCAGGGCAUGCUGGACCUUUUCCUGUUGUAUCAGUACACAAUACCACAAUCAACCCAACAAGCCCUACUACAGCAACUAUGGCAAAUGCAAACCGAGGCCCCACCAGCCCAUCUGUUACAGCAAUAGAACUCAUCCCUUCAGUUACUAACCCGGAAAACCUUCCAUCCUUGCCAGAUAUUCCUCCCAUACAGCUGGAAGAUGCUGGCUCAAGCAGUUUAGAUAAUCUACUAAGUAGAUACAUCUCAGGCAGUCACCUACCCCCACAGCCUACAAGCACCAUGAAUCCUUCCCCAGGACCCUCCGCCCUAUCUCCAGGAUCAUCAGGUUUAUCCAAUUCUCACACACCUGUGAGACCUCCUAGUACUUCUAGUACUGGCAGUAGAGGCAGCUGUGGGUCAUCAGGAAGAACUACUGAGAAGACUGGCCUUAGUUUCAAAUCUGAUCAAGUGAAAGUCAAGCAAGAACCUGGGACUGAGGAUGAGGUCUGUAGUUUUUCAGGAGCUGUCAAACAGGAAAAGACUGAGGAUGGGAGGAGAAGUGCCUGCAUGUUGAGCAGUCCUGAGAGUAGCUUGACACCACCUCUGUCAACCAACCUGCAUUUAGAGAGUGAGUUGGAUGCGUUAGCAAGCCUGGAAAACCAUGUGAAAUCUGAACCUGCAGAUAUGAAUGAAAGCUGCAAGCAGUCAGGGCUCAGCAAUCUAGUUAAUGGAAAGUCUCCAAUUCGAAGCCUCAUUCACAGGUCAGCAAGGAUUGGAGGAGAUGGCAACAACAAAGAUGAUGACCCGAAUGAAGACUGGUGUGCUGUCUGCCAAAAUGGAGGGGAUCUCUUGUGCUGUGAAAAAUGUCCAAAGGUCUUUCAUCUAACUUGCCAUGUUCCAACACUUCUUAGCUUUCCAAGUGGGGACUGGAUAUGCACAUUUUGCAGAGAUAUUGGGAAGCCAGAAGUUGAAUAUGACUGUGAUAAUUUGCAACACAGCAAGAAGGGGAAGACUGUACAGGGAUUAAGCCCGGUGGACCAAAGGAAAUGUGAACGUCUUCUGCUUUAUCUCUAUUGCCAUGAAUUAAGUAUUGAAUUCCAGGAGCCGGUUCCUGCUUCGAUACCAAACUACUAUAAAAUUAUAAAGAAACCGAUGGAUUUAUCCACUGUGAAAAAGAAGCUUCAGAAGAAACAUUCCCAACAUUAUCAAAUUCCAGAUGAUUUUGUGGCUGAUGUCCGUUUGAUCUUCAAGAACUGUGAAAGGUUCAAUGAAAUGAUGAAAGUUGUUCAAGUUUAUGCAGACACACAAGAGAUUAAUUUGAAGGCUGAUUCAGAAGUAGCUCAGGCAGGGAAAGCAGUUGCAUUGUACUUUGAAGAUAAACUCACAGAGAUCUACUCAGACAGGACCUUCGCACCUUUGCCAGAGUUUGAGCAGGAAGAGGAUGAUGGUGAGGUAACUGAGGACUCUGAUGAAGACUUUAUACAGCCUCGCAGAAAACGCCUAAAGUCAGAUGAGAGACCAGUACAUAUAAAGUAAACUAACAUGGACUUAAAGCAGUUGUUUUAAAAAGAAGAAAAAAAGCAUUUUAUUUAAGUGUUGCUGGACUAUAUCCUGCCUUUAGUAGGCAUCUCCUUUGAAGAACCUGAUAGUUUUUACACAGUAUUAGAUUGAAAUAAUGGACAGACAACAUUCUUGUCAAGAAAGGUGAAGGAAAAAAAAUCUGCAGUCAAUGACUGUUAAAAGUACACAAAACAAACAUUUUCAUUUUUCAGAAGUUAAAGAGCAAAAUGGAAGAAAUAAAAACUGGAGAUUUCUUUAAAAAAAAGAAAAGAAAGAUGAAGAGAAUUGUGUUUGCAACUUUAAAGUAAAAACAAGAAAAAAAAUGAAAUGACUUUUGAGAAUUUGUUACUAAACCAGGAUGGUUCUUUGUUAGAAGUGGCAAAUGUUGAUCACGUGGUAUUGACUGGUGCAGGAUACUGGGUGUACAAGUAAAUACACAAGGCUCAUGUUGCUUGAUAAAUUGUCUUUGGACUAGAGUGCAAUUAGUUUAAAAAAGCUUAUAAGCAUCUACUUCACACAUGUAAUAUACUGGGGUUUUUUAAGUUUAAAAGUAGCUCAGAUUUUAUUUACUGUCAGUGGAAAUAUGCACUGAAUCAUGCCAUUAUAUUUUUUCUCAUUUUCAUGCUGUUGAGAAUUCAACAGUACAUUUAUUUUUUAUUUAUACAUAUGAUCUAGGAAAUAUAAACAUUUGUUUUGCCCUCAGUGGUCUACUGAAGUGAAAAUGGCAAUUUUCUGUAGUAGAUCAUGUAGAGCUACAAUACACAUUUCCAGAAAAUAUUUUCACACAGUUGCACUUACCAGUCAAAUCAUGUGAUCAUAACAGUUAUUCCUGUGAAAGACAGAAUGUUUGUUUUAAAAUUAAUCUUGUUUUCUGUAUAUUCAAAUUUGAUUGAGAAGGUGACAACUGGCUCUUAUCCAGUCUUCCUUCCUAACAGUUUUCCGAUAGACCACUAUUGGCAAACAGUAAUCUGUCAACUACCAAAUGUGUAAAAUUUUCUGUAUUUCACUUUGUCUUAUUUGUAAAUAAUGAACUAAAACUUCUGGCAGAUCGGCAACAUUUGCUGAGGCUGUUUUUUAAGCUAAUGUGUAUUCUUACUAAUGUUCCUAUCAAGAAUGGAUUUGUAAUAUAUGCUGUCUAUUUCUAAUGUUCACAUUCAUAUUUUGAAGUUCUAUCUUAUUUUAAUAGAGAACAGACUUCUCAAAAUCUUCAGAAGCAGCUUAUUAUUAAAAUAUCAAAACAUUGAAAUAAACCCGGUGGGGUUAUAUUACUCAUCUGUCCACCAAGUGGGACAUUUGCAUGGACUCGGGGCUUAAAGGACUUAGAAGUGAGACAUGUAAGUAAAUCCUGAAAAUGAGCCAAUCCCCACUUGAAUGGUUACUGGAGUAAACCCACCUUUUGCUGUCCUGAUUAUAGUACCUGAGGCAGAUAAACCAACUUGGCUCUGGUUCAUUUUUCUUCUCAUUUGUGAUCCUGACAUUCAAGAUGUGUGUUCUAGACUGUGUACAGGCUUCUCUUACAUUGAAUUAAAAAUUUUAGUCCUCCUUUUGUAUAGCCACAUUAGAAUAUAAAGUGACCAAAAUAGAGGAAUUUGCCAUUAGAUAUUUUUCAGACGUCAGCAGAUUUGUGGCAAAUCAUUUGCCUUUUUAAAAAAUUCAGCUAAGCAGUUCAGACCGUAGAUUACUCAGAACAUUAUUUGACAUAAUUGUCUUAAGAAGUAAAUAUUUUUUAGUGCAUAUUGAAUCAAAUAAAGUGCUCUAAAAAAAUUA